AUGGCCUUAUUCUCAGUAACACCAGGUAGCGGUGCGAAUGCGUCAGGGGAACAAGUCAGCAACGCAUAUGCACAACGAGAGUUGCCAAGGACGAAUUUGCGACAAGACGCCGGUAUUGAUGCCGAGAAGGAGAGUAAUGGGGACAGCGUACCCCACCAAGUCUGGAUGCCACCCCGAACACCAUCCCGGACCUUGGUGCACGAGCCGGAGCAAAGUGGAGAUGCAGUCACAGCAGAUGCCAUCGCCGCAUCACCGGAACCUGCUGCCGUUACAGGCUUGGCGUUCAUCUUGUUGAUGUUCUCGGUCGUAUCGGCCGGUGUUUUAGUCGCGUUGAAUGUCACGAUUCUGGGAACAGCCAUACCGGCCAUCACAACUGAGUUCAACUCGAUAAAUGACGUCGGCUGGUAUGUGUCGGCCUUCAGCAUCACCAUCUGCGCCAUGGCGCCCUUCACUGGGAAGCUCUUCCGCCUUUUCCGCAUAAAAGCGACCUUCAUCUGCUUCAUCGUCAUCUUCAUGAUAAGCUCCCUCCUCGCAGGCCUGGCUCGUUCAUCCGACAUGCUCAUAGCUGCUCAUCGGCGCAUCUGGUCGUAUCUUAAUGACAUACUUAUGGGCUUUUUCGCUGUUGGCCAGGCCACAGGUCCACUGAUCGGUGGUUCGCUCACAUCUUACGCUUCGUGGCGGUGGUGCUUCUUCAUCAACCUCCCUCUAGGCGCAGUGGUGCUCAUCCUAGUAGUCUUCGUCGGCAAAUUCCCCGAACUGUCCAGCGCCAGCCAAAAGGGCACAAUCCUCACCCGCAUCCGCCAAAUCGACAUAGCCGGGUUCUUCAUCUUCGCCAUCGGCAACACCAUGUUCCUUCUGGGUCUCCAAUGGGGCGGCACCGACUACCCCUGGAGCUCGGCCACCGUCAUCGGGCUCAUGUGCGGAGGUGUGGCCACUUUCGGUGUCCUGGCUGCUUGGUUCUCCUACAAGAAGGAAUCGGCUCUGAUCCCAACCCGCGUUUUCAAGAGUCGCAUCAACAUCGCCAUUGGCUUGACGGCUUUCAUUCAGAGCGGCGCGACCAUAACGUCGCUGCAUUGGUUGCCUAUUUGGUUCCAGGCUAUCAAGCAAGUUGAUGCUAUACACAGUGGUAUUAUGAUCUUGCCCUUGAUCCUAUCUCAGGUUUUUGCGUCAGUGUUGACCGGGGCGUUGGUCCAGAAGACGGGGUACUAUCUCCCCGAAGUUAUUACAGGGAAUGUUUUGAUUGGGGUCGGAUCCGGCUUGAUGGCGACUUUCGCACGGGCAACGACCACCGGGCAAUGGAUCGGUUAUCAGAUUCUCGUGGGAGCCGGGCGAGGCAUGGUCUUGAAGUUGCUCGUGACAGCAGUCCAAGCCAACAUGCCCAAGGAAGACGCCUCCAUCGCAUCAGGCUACUCCAUGUUUUCGCAAUUCUUCGGAGGUGCCGUCUUUACCGCUGUGGCUAAGACCGUCUUCACGUCAUCAAUUGCACCGGCUCUGGCUAAGUUCGCCCCUUCAGUAGAUGCGCGACUCUUAGUCAAUAACGGUGCAACUGAGCUGCAAAAGGUCAUUCCUGCCGAUCAGAUAUCGGGUGUGCUGUUGGCGUAUAAUGAGGCGAUCGACUAUGUAUUCUAUCUUCAGCUUGCAGCGGCAUGCUGCGCGUUCGUGACGGGCUAG